GAUAACCGCAACCUCAUCUACGAUUCGACGCACAACUAGUAUGCAUCAGGCUCUACUUGUCCCCGAAGUUGUCUUGCAUAUCUUUGCGCAUGUAAAUGAAAUCGAGCAACCAUCAUAUACAUAUGCCGCGAGACCAUUGUCUCGACGAACUCUUGCAGCGCUUGCAACCACAUGCAAAACCUUCUACGAGCCUGCAAUGGAUUUUCUUUGGUCUGACAUGAAUACGUUACUACCACUGCUGGGCUGUGUAACGAGGUUGCAUCCAAUGAUAUACCCUACAACACAGCAAUCCUGGUCUCGGGGCAUUGAGCCACUAUCUGAGCUCGAGCGCAGUCAAUUUCUCCGUCAUUCCUGCCGUGUGCGCACCAUGAGCGUGUCAUCUGAUGAUGAUUUUCACCUCGUUCGUUCGUUCUCCUACGACACAUGCGUGUUUCCAAAACUGCUUUCAUUGUCCUGGGUGAUUAUAUUCACAAGAUACUUGCGCUUCUUCCUGUCUCCUACGCUGCGUAGCUGUUAUAUCGCGAUAGUUCAACCAGAUUUAGCUCGGCAUUCUAUCGGGACCCGCUGCCCUGCUCUGGAGGGCUUGGAUAUCGUGACAAUGGGGGCCGUGGCACAGGCUCCACAUCUGUCUGAAACCAUCCGUUCAUGCAAGGCGCUCGUACGUCUGCAAUGUCCCCCGCUGAACUCGGCAGCAUGGAAGCACCUCUCCACUGUCCCUACCCUUCUUAAUAUGUCGAUAUAUCAAGAAAGCUUUUCGGGUUCCCUGUCCAGAUUGGACACGCACAAUCUCAGUUUUUCAACUUUCCUCAACGUUACGACUCUUCGUUUCUGUGGUGCACCAAUCACAGACGUCAUCGCAGUCAUACAACAUUCAGAAUUCCCCUCGCUAAAAAAAUUUGAGUUGGUCGACCAGAUUUUACCUGGGGCAGAACUUCUACCGCUUUUACGAGCGCUGUCACAGUGCAAAGCAUGCGAUACCCUUGAAAACAUUGCCAUUUCCGACGAUGAUCCAGAAGUUGAUGAGCCCUCAGCCGACUCUUUUGAAGUGACUAGGGAGCUUCUUUGUUUCACGCAGCUGCGAUCCCUUCGGCUUUAUGUUCAUUGCUCCAUCAACCCUGAUAACGUCUCUCUUUUCGAAGCCAUGUCAAGUUGGCCCCAGAUCCGCA